AUGAAAAAACAAUAAAUUGCUACAAACUAAUAAUUAUUUUUUCAGAAUUUUACAUAAAUUUAGUUAAAAGCAAUGAACCCAUCAAUGCAUUUAUCAAAUUUGAGGCAAUUAUUGAACCCAUAAUCCAAAUUAGGUAGUGAAGUAUUUCCAAAUAUUUAAAAAUCUAACUUGUAUGUUGAUCAUUAGGAUUAAUAGAUAUGAAAACUUUUCUAAACUCUUGUAGAAACUGUUUGAUAAAACAGAUUAUUAGAGGUUUAAUCUGGAAGAAUAAUUGAAUCUGAAUUAAUAAUGUCAAACGCAGGGUCAUUUAGUCGUAUCAAUACCAAUUUUAUUCCAUCCUCUACACUAUGGUGUUUCUUUGGAUAUUACUUAUAAGCAAUAGAAAAUAUGCUUGAAGAGCUACUUAACUAAGACGGAUUUAUCUCCUUUUUAUGCUUUAGAUAAAGUAUAAUAUUAAUUCUAUUUUGAAAUAGAAUAUAAUCAAUUUGCUAAGUUUCUACACCCUGAAAUAGAAUGACAAGAUAGUUCAUGGCUCUUUGAGUAUCGACCCACUAACAGGGCUAUUUUAAUAUAACACCUUAAUGACUACAUCGUUUUAUGAGUAAAUAGAGGUAAGUUAAAGUUUUUUGGAAAGCUUUCGCUUCAAAAUUUUAGAGCACUAAAACCUCAUGGAGGCACAAGCUCCUUUUGUUCUCUAUCAAAUGAAUAAGAUAACGUUUAAUGAAUUUAAGCAAUUAACCCAAAAAGAUCAAUAUGAGAGCAUACAAAAAAAUGUCGAUUUAAUAAAGGAGAUAUUUAAGCAGUAAAUUUAAUGUAGAUUAAAAAUAGUUAGUUGCAUAAAGAGAUGACCAAAGAGGAGAAAGACAAGUUCUUGGAUUACCCAAAGCCAAAGAGUUUGCCUUUGCUGACUAAGAUUAAUGUUUAAAAAACUGGAGGCGAUCCUCUCCAGCAAUGGAAAGAUUAACCUCUGAUUACAUCUGGAGGUUAUUCUGAGAUACGUAAAGUUUAGUUAGGUAUACAUGAGGAAUUAUAUUGUAGCUUAUAGUACUAGCGAUAACAAUCAAACUUUUUCUAGGGCUUUAGCAGUAAAAACAGACAAGUCAGGCACCAAUACUUCAAAAGUUAAUUGCGAGCUCUCAAUAUUAAAGAAUCUGUCUUAGAUAUAAGAGUAAGGAAAUGGAGAGGCAUAUAUUGUUACAAGUUACUAUGAUGAAAGCUUAAAUGACUGUUAUUUUAUGGAGUUCUACAACAAUGGAUCUUUAGAACAAUAUACUCAUUCUAAGUAUCAGGUCUUGAGUUUAAGAACGAAAUUAUUUAUACUGGCUGGUAUCAUAAAUGGGAUUGAUUUUCUUCAUUACAAAUAAAUAGCACAUUUAGAUUUGAAGAUGGGAAACAUAUUAAUUUAAAAGUAGUUAAUCCCUAAGAUUUGUGAUUUUGGUGAAGCAAAGCCAUUUGAUCAGCUACAACAAGAUAAAUGUAACUUUUCUCGUAGUUUGCCUUAUGCAGCCCCAGAAUUAUAUAAUUCAAAUGAAAUCACCCCUGCAUUCGAUUUAUUCUCUUUUGGGAUUUUAAUGUGCAAUUUUGUUUUUGAAUAAUUUCCCUUUGUAAUAUACUCCAUUUAUGAUAGGAAUACAAUCCAAAUGACUUAAAAAAUUUAGCAGAGAGAUACAAGACCAAAACAUACGCAAUUAAACGAAAUUUUUUAUAACUGACCAAGUAAGGACCAAAAAAAAUAAUGAAGAAAAUUCUUCAUCUAAUUAUUCUUUGUCUCUAACAUGAUCCAAAAUUGAGACCCAAACCCAAAUGGAUAUUGGCUAUAUUGUGGAAGAUGAUUAAUUUUUUAGAUAGCUUUUGAGAAU